AGCAACCAUCCAGCAAGGCCCGGAUUGAGGAGGCGGGAGGGACCCAAGCAGGCGGACGCGGGGUUUGGCGCCGCGAUCUCGAGGCUUGGCCUGGAGUGGGAGGGGAAGCAAGGCGUGACUAGGGGCGAAUCCGAGGAGGCGGAGCAGGGCUCGGGGUGCGGAAGGGGCGUGGCCAGAGGCGUGGCUGGGCGCUCUGCGGCCAUCUUGUGGGGGGGCCCGGGGCGGAGACGAGCCCGAAAGGGCGGGGCCUCGGCGGCAGCGAGAGAGGCGUGGCCGGGGCAUCUCGAGGCGGGGCCUGGGGCUGGAUCUGGGAGCCAGGAGCCGGGAUCUGGGAACCAGGAGCAGGGAGCGGGGAGCUGGGAACCAGGGCGGGCGGCCGCGGCCAUGAGCACGGUGGACCUUGCCCGCGUGGGCGCGUGCAUCCUGAAGCAUGCGGUGACCGGGGAGGCCGUGGAGCUGCGGAGCCUGUGGCGGGAUCGCGCGUGCGUGGUGGCCGGGCUGCGGCGCUUCGGCUGCGUGGUGUGCCGCUGGAUCGCCCAGGACCUCAGCGGCCUCGCGGGGCUCCUGGACCAGCACGGUGUGCGUCUGGUGGGCGUGGGGCCCGAGGCCCUGGGUCUGCAGGAGUUCCUGGACGGCGGCUAUUUCGCGGGAGAGCUCUACCUGGAUGAGAGCAAGCAGCUUUAUAAGGAGCUGGGCUUCAAGCGGCUCUGGACCCAGGCUUCUCUGGAGUCUGGCCAAGCGACCUGGUGUCUUCGCAGGUACAACAGCCUGAGCAUCCUCCCGGCGGCUCUGGGGAAGCCUGUGCGUGAUGUGGCUGCCAAGGCCAAGGCUGUUGGCAUCCAGGGGAACCUGUCUGGGGACCUGCUGCAGAGCGGAGGGCUGCUGGUGGUCAGCAAAGGUGGUGACAAAGUGCUGCUGCAUUUCGUUCAGAAGUCCCCAGGCGAUUAUGUCCCCCAGGAGCACAUCCUGCAGGUCCUGGGCAUCUCUGCGGAGGUCUGUGCCAGCAACCCGCCUCAGUGUGACAGGGAGGUGUGAGGGAGGCGAAGGCCCUGGCCUCUGGGGAUGUGGACGGCGGCUGCUGCCCUGGGUGAGAUGGAAGUCCACGUGGAAGAGCCGUUGUGCAGUCGCUGGGCCGGGAUGCCGAACCUCUCCUGAUCCGCCGGCAGCAACGAGCCGUUAAAACUGCAGUUCCUGGCCGGGCGAGGUGACUCAAGCCUGUAAUCCCAGCACUUUGGGAGGCCGAGAUGGGCGGAUCAUGAGGUCAGGAGA